AUGAUUAAGACAAAUGGCAGUGAUAGAAUGUGGAACAAAAAUCGAAAAGGGGGAAGAAGCAUUCAUAAAAAAGGGAAUCAAUUGUCGUGGCGGAAAAGUAAGUGUUUUUCGGUAUUUACUUCAGUCAUCGCCUUACCUGGGUCAAUACUGAAUAACGCGCAAGGUCCAGAACUAAGGACAUAUCUUGUAGGACAGAUAGCACGGGCAGCUGCAGUUUUUUGCGUCGAAGAAAUAGUUGUUUAUGAUGAAAUGGCUCGAAUGAAACCUCAAGAGCGUGAAAAUUAUUAUAAUAGACAGUGGCAACCAAAUUUUUCCAUGCGGAACGAUAAUGUGGAAUGUAAUUUCCAUAUGGCAAGAAUUUUAGAAUUUAUGGAGUGUCCACAAUAUUUACGGAAAACUUUAUUUCCUCUUCAAAAAGCGUUAAGAUUUGCUGGUAUUUUGAAUCCGCUGGAUUGUCCUCAUCAUUUACGUGCGUCAGAUUUGAGUAUACCGUACAGAGAAGGUGUUGUCUUAGACAAACCAGCAAAAGCAGGUUGUGGGCCUCUGUGUGACAUUGGUUUAUAUAAGGAAGUUCAAAUUAAUGAAGAAGUCACUCUCGAGCCUGGAACUCGUGUCACUGUUAAAGUAUCAAAUAUGUACUCAGAAAGAAAACGAUAUCGAGGAUGUUUAGUGACUUCCCAGCAAAUUAAAGAAGAAGCAGGGAUAUAUUGGGGAUAUCAUGUGCGCAUUGCUUCAAGUCUUUCAGAUGCCUUAAAUAGUGAGAAGUAUGAUGUCAUUAUCGGAACAUCAGAAAGAGGAAAGCCAGCUAGUCAGUUUGAAAUGCCAGUCUCUGACAAAAAUCGUGUUUUAUUGGUUUUUGGAGGCUUAGAAGGUUUAGAGGCAGCUAUGAAAGCUGAUGACAGUAUCAAAUUUUCAAAUCCUGAAGAACUUUUCGAAUAUUACUUAAAUGUUGUCCCAGGGCAAGGAAGCCGAACUAUUCGAACAGAAGAAGCCAUUCCAAUUGCAUUAGCAGCCCUUAGAUCUGCUAUUUAUGGAGAAUGUGUAUGA